ACAAAGUUAAUUUGUUCAACUUUCAAUGUCAGAGGGAUCAAGCGACUCUUUUUUGCCUGAACACCAUAAUUCCAAGUGUUCAAGUUUGGUGGACUAUACAAUUUAAGUUCCACAUGUAUGAACUUAAAAAAGCAGCCUUGGUAUCAUAAUUAAUCAUCCAAAUAGUCUUCACUACCCAUUUUUUGGCUCAGAUCAAAUUGAAAUAAUAAAAAAAAGAAUGUUGGAAAACAUUUUUUUUCAUAUUUUUCACAAUUCCAUCCGGGCCACACUACCUGAAAUCAAAACUUUAUUUUGAUUAUGUUGAUACGAGUCAAUGGUCCUCUAUGAUGGAAAAUGAAGCGGGCAUCCUGAAAACACGUGUUAUAUAGGCCUAUCGUUAAUUGUAUAUUUAGGAAGAGAGAGAAAGAAAAAAUAACCCAAGAAUGUAGGCCACUUCAGUAUUAAAGGUGUGUACCUUUGAUGUUUUUUCUCCCUGAAUAAUUCAGGUUAAUUUAUGAACGCGUGAAGGUAAAAUCAAGAGGGUAGCCGAACGAACAGGACGCACUUGCUGUAAUUUGAUUGGCUGCCAUCCAGGACGUGGCGAACUGAUCAAGAUGGCGGACACCGGUGUUAAACCUGACAUCCGCUCAAUAAUGUGGAACCCAGGCGGCUGGCAAAGCCUACUAACCAUCGUGAUUUUAUCUCUGGCAUGGCUUGUUGGGUUCAGCUCGAGACUUUUUGCCGUCAUUCGUUUUGAAAGCAUCAUCCACGAAUUUGAUCCAUGGUUCAACUAUCGUUCCACCCAUCAUAUGGUUGAAAAUGGAUUCUACAACUUCCUCAACUGGUUUGAUGACCGGGCAUGGUAUCCACUUGGCAGGAUUGUUGGGGGCACGGUAUAUCCAGGUUUAAUGGUUACUUCAGGAACGAUACACUGGUUCCUGCGAGCUCUCAACAUCCCGGUCCAUAUCCGAGAUAUAUGUGUGUUUUUAGCGCCUAUUUUUAGUGGUUUGACAUCGUUAGCUGUUUACUUUUUUACCAAAGAAAUAUGGAACACAGGUGCUGGUCUCUUUGCUGCCUGUUUCAUAGCUAUAGUCCCGGGAUAUAUCAGCAGAUCUGUAGCAGGCAGCUAUGACAACGAGGGUAUUGCCAUUUUUGCAUUAAUGUUCACAUACUAUCUAUGGAUAAAGUCAGUGAAGACUGGUUCUGUGAUGUGGUCAAUAUUGACUGCCCUCUCCUACUUCUACAUGGUGUCAGCCUGGGGAGGCUAUGUAUUCAUCAUCAACCUUAUUCCACUUCACGUGUUUGUACUUUUACUGAUGGGCCGGUUCUCACGGCGUAUUUUCAUAGCAUAUACAACAUUUUACAUUGUGGGGCUGCUUCUGUCCAUGCAGAUUCCCUUUGUAGGGUUUCAGCCAAUCAAAACUAGCGAGCACAUGGCCUCGGCUGGUGUAUUUGCACUACUGUAUGCCUAUGCCAUCCUGAGGUAUGUCCAGUCCUUCCUCACCAAGGCCGAAUUUAAGAUGUUCUUCUUCCUCUCUGCAACAGCAGCAGCUGGGAUCAUUUUCUUGGCUGUUGUUGGACUCACCUGGGCAGGUUACAUCCACCCCUGGAGUGGGCGGUUCUAUUCACUGUGGGACACUGGUUAUGCCAAAAUCCACAUCCCCAUCAUUGCCUCUGUGUCCGAGCACCAGCCGACUACAUGGGUGUCGUUCUUCUUCGACCUCCACAUUCUAGCGUGUGCCUUCCCUGUAGGUGUGUGGUAUUGUGUCAAACAUGUCAACGAUGAGAGAGUGUUUGUGGUGCUAUAUGCCAUUUUUGCCAGCUACUUCGCUGGUGUGAUGGUGCGGCUCAUGCUCACACUCACUCCCAUCGUGUGUGUCCUUGCUGCCAUUGCCUUCUCCAAAACGUUUGAAAUCUACCUGAAGGAUGAUGUGCCUAAAACAAGUGUCAAAGAGACCGAGAAGAAAACACUAGAUAAUAAAAACGAUACAUUAUAUGACAAGGUGGGUAAAACAAAGAAGGUGAAGGAGGAAAAGCCGAAGGACCAGGAUGGACUUGGAAUGAACGUAAAGACCAUCAUCGUGAUCGCCCUACUCAUGCUGCUCAUGUUGUUUGCCGUGCACUGUACGUGGGUUACCAGCAGUGCCUAUUCCAGCCCCAGCAUUGUCCUGGCCUCCUAUAAUCAUGACGGAAGCCGGACGAUUUUGGAUGACUUCCGUGAAGCUUAUUACUGGCUGCGUCAGAACACCCACGACAAAGCUCGGAUUAUGUCGUGGUGGGACUACGGAUAUCAGAUAGCAGGCAUGGGAAAUAGGACAACGCUCGUGGACAACAAUACUUGGAACAACAGUCACAUAGCACUGGUUGGGAAAGCUAUGUCCUCUACAGAGCCCGAAGCUUACAAGAUCAUGAGGGCGUUAGAUGUUGACUACGUUCUUGUCAUCUUUGGUGGAGUAAUUGGGUACUCUGGGGACGAUAUCAACAAGUUUCUGUGGAUGGUGAGGAUUGCUGAGGGGGAGCACCCCAAGGACAUCAAGGAGUCUGAUUACUUCACGCCACAAGGGGAGUUCCGUGUGGAUUCAGCGGGAUCCAAAAUCUUGCUCAAUUGUCUCAUGUACAAGUUAUCUUACUACCGAUUUGGAGAGCUCCAGCUGGACUUCCGAAGUCCCGCAGGUUAUGACAGGACCAGAGGAGUAGAGAUCGGAAACAAAAACUUUGAUCUGACACACAUGGAGGAGGCCUAUACCACGGAGCACUGGCUCGUCAGGAUUUACAAGGUCAAGGAUCUUGAGAAUCGCGAGCGUGUGCUCAACCAACGAAUGCCAAAAAUCAAAACUAAUAAGAAAAAACAUUCCAAAAAGACCAGUAAAAGAAGGACAGGUUUUAUAAAAAACAAACCAAAGGUGAUAAAGGGCAAGAAACCAAAAUCCAAGGGGAGGAAAUGAGGAGAAAGAAAUGAGGACGAAAAUGUGUGGGAAGACUUUUGGAGUGUGUGUGUACGAAACGUACAAAACUUAUACUGACAAUAAUAAAAUUUUGUCAUUACUUGUUGCUGAAUCAAGAGGGGUAAUCAUUCAUAUCGUGAUUAUGUAUAAAGUUUUGUUGGUGAAAUCAUUAAAUAUUUGUCAUGUGACAAAUCAAAUUUUGUCAUGUGACAAGGAUUCACUUGACACAAAUAAUCAAUUUACAUAUAUAAUUUGAGGAGAAAUAAAUUUAAUUGUGAUCAUGUGAAAGGAAAUCUAUUUAUGUGAAUUUGGUGUCGGAAGAAAUGUCCAUGAUAUGAUGGGCAAGGGAAGUAACUCGUAUUGGAUUAAGAGUUGGCAACACUUCUCUCAUUGUUUCAUGACGAUGAUGUUGUUCGGUUACAGAUGUAGCGGUCUAUGAUUGGUCGAACUAAGAUAUCCCGAAAUAAUUGACAAGCUUCUUCAUGUCAUAGUUAUUAGAAUUUUCAUGUGAAGAGUUUUAAAAAAGCCAAUCCAUGUAUAUCAGGAAAAAAUAUUAUUCUAAAAAAUGUUAUGCAUCAUAUCAUUGGAUGAAAUAAAUUCAGACAUUUGUUGGUUUUAUUGUCAAAAUAGAAUUCAUACGCAUUUAAAAAAAACUUUGGGAACUGUUGGAGAGGUAUUGUACAGGUGUUGUAUUGUUGUAGAUGAGAAUUUGUGUGAUGUGAAUGUGACUUCUCAGUACAUUGAUAUGUGUUCUUUGUUUGUUUAGCUAUUUAAUUCCUUUAUGUUGUUACACAGUCACCGGAAGAAGCCAAUUUUCCACUAUUUUUAAUAGCUAAUCAUAUAUGUAAUAUAUUAAUUUGAAAGUAAAAAAAAGUGAAGAAAGAAAAUGA